ACAAUGCAUAUAUCUGCGUUGAAUGUAUAAGUAAAUGUGUACAGUGCAGCAAUUUAUUUAGUAUAUUCAGGGUCUGAUCAAACGUAAGCAAUUCAUUAUUGUUUUGAACGCUGAAUUGAGUUCAUUUUGAACAUUUUUCGUGUCGAUUCUGAUAAAAGUUGUUCAACGAAAAUGAAGAUUAUUCUGGUGAUGUUCUGUUCUGUAGCACUCUUUAGUGUGAUUAUGUCUCACUCUAGUUCCAGUUCAAGUUCCUCCAGCAGUGAUGGACAUGAAUGCCGUGAGACGGGCGAACAAUGCAACGAUGCCAAGGAGAAGUUUUGCUGCCCUUCAUUAAAGUGCAACAAUGAAAAAAGAUGCAUUCAGUGCGCACUUACCGGCCUGUCUUGUAACGCAAAUACACCUUGUUGUGACGACGAAGAUUCGUGCAGCGGUACUUGCUGCAGACCACUCAAUAAGGCCUGCAACGCAACUACUCCUUGCUGCGCCGGGCUUCAGUGCAACGGCGGUAUAUGCCAGAACUGCGCACCUACUGGUCAGUCUUGCACAGAAGCAACAGCUCCCAAUUGCUGUAGUGGGCUGUGCGGCAUCGAAUUCAAAAUAUGCUGCGAUGAUUCACUCCAACCUUGCGUUUUCGAACGUCCUGACUUAUGCUGUUCAUUGUGCUGUAGAAUAAGCCCGUCGGGACCUGUGUGUUGUUAACAUAUGUGCAAUUGUGCAUAUCCUCCUCUGUGUUGAAAUAUCUGCAGUAAAAUUUCGUUGAGAGAAAAUUUGAAAAAACUCAACAUAGAAAACAGUAAAAAUGAGUCUUUGCAUUAAAAGGAGUAUACAUAAAUGCGUUUUAAUUUCUAAAACUACCCAAAACCACUCACUAUGUUGGCUUGUAGACACAAACAACAAACUAAUAUUCUUAUGUUGUGAAUCGUAGAACGUGUCAGCUCAAAAUAAGGUAAACUAUUCUUCCAAAAUAUCAAAGUGUCUGACUUUUCCGUAAUUGGUAUCAUCUACCAGCACUUAAAGACGUGAUAUCUAUAUUCCAUCCAUAUUUUUGUCAAAUGAAUUAUGUUUUC